AGGAAGUAGCGUCACUUUUGAGCGGUCGUGUUGCCACGUCGGAAACAUCACAGUCCAUUGAAACUCUGGGCGGCUGUGGCUGUCUUUUCUGUUAGAAUUUGUGAUUGCCUUAGUACAUAGGUUAUUGUAGUUCAAGUACCACAAUGGUGUCCGUCAUCAAUACCGUGGAUACGUCUCAUGAGGACAUGAUCCACGAUGCUCAGAUGGACUACUAUGGCACACGCCUGGCCACUUGCUCCUCUGACCGUUCUGUGAAGAUAUUUGAUGUGAAAAAUGGAGGCCAAAUCCUGCUGGCUGAUUUGAGAGGCCAUGAGGGCCCUGUGUGGCAGGUGGCCUGGGCUCACCCCAUGUAUGGCAACAUCCUGGCCUCCUGCUCCUAUGACAGAAAGGUCAUCAUCUGGAAGGAGGAAAAUGGCAGCUGGGACAAAAUGUAUGAGUACACGGGCCACGACUCUUCAGUGAACUCGGUGUGCUGGGGUCCGUAUGACUUUGGGCUGAUCCUGGCUUGCGGGAGCUCUGACGGGGCCAUCUCCAUCCUCACAUUCUCUGGAGACGGACAGUGGGACAUCAAGAAAAUCAGCAACGCACACACGAUUGGCUGUAAUGCAGUCAGCUGGGCCCCUGCCGUGGUGCCAGGUAGCCUUAUAGACCAGCCCACCGGCCAGAAGCCCAACUACAUCAAGAGAUUUGUGUCUGGAGGAUGCGACAACCUGGUCAAGCUGUGGAAAGAGGAGGAUGGCCAAUGGAAAGAGGACCAGAAGCUGGAGGCUCACAGUGACUGGGUGAGAGAUGUGGGCUGGGCUCCAUCCAUAGGCCUGCCCACCAGCACCAUCGCCAGCUGCUCACAGGACGGUCGUGUGUUUAUCUGGACGUGCGACGACCCCUCAGGCAACACGUGGACGGCCAAGCUCCUGCACAAGUUCCAAGAUGUGGUGUGGCAUGUCAGCUGGUCCAUCACUGGAAACAUUCUGGCUGUCUCCGGCGGCGACAACAAGGUGACUCUGUGGAAGGAAUCUCUGGACGGCCAGUGGGCUUGCAUCAGCGACGUCAACAAAGGCCAGGGUGCUGUGUCCUCCGUCACAGACGGACAGCAGAAUGAGCAGUGAGGCUGUACAGCCGGCUGGUGGGGUAGGGGGAACCCUUACACCACCCCCACCUUCACCCAUCCAUCAGUCCCACUCCGAUGGAUGUGAGGCAAGUCCACCGUCAAUGCAGGAUCCUUGACUGCCUCAAAGACUUUUCCAGAACAUUUGUCCACAACAGAGUUAACACACAAACCAGGAAGUGGCCCCAUCAUCUAAGGGACAACGCUGUCUAUAUUCUACAGCCCCAGUCCAGCCUUCGUUGUCUCACCCCAAAUCAAAGGAUGGUUUUUGAUGAGGUCUUGUAGAGCAGGGUUGAAAUCUUGUCAUGGUCUUAUAAAUUUAUUACCCUAGAAUUACCAAUAAAUUUGUUCUUCUAUUGCUAUUGUUUAAACAGCUAUCGGUAUUGUAAUGUGAUUGAGAAAGCCUGAGCGAGUAGAAGUGCUGUUUGUCCGAGUCCGACCCCAGAGAGUUCACACUGAGCGAAAAGGGAUGGUGCCUAUUCUCAUCACUUCAGUGGAUCAUGCUGCACGGGACAGAAAAAAUUCACAACCUUUUUUCCCUUUUUAUCUGCUUUUCUUUGACUUUUCAUUCAGAGAAUGAACUUUUCUAAUAAUUAAAAUGAAAUAAUAAUAAAAUA